UUUUUCAAUGCAUCCUCUUCAAAGGUCCAAGGGCAGCCUCUUAUGGUACAAGUCAGUGGGGGUCAGCUCAUCACUUCCUCUGGGCAGCCCAUAAUGGUACAGGCCAUGACAGGAGGACAAGGUCAAACCAUCAUGCAAGUACCGGUAUCUGGUACACAGGGGCUGCAGCAGAUUCAAUUGGUACAGCCCAGUCAAAUCCAGCUUCCUGGUGGGCAGACAUUACAGCUACAGGGUCAGCAGGGACAGACCCAACAGAUCAUCAUUCAACAGCCACAGACCGCAGUCACUGCAGGACAGAACCAGGGUCAGCAACAGAUCACUGUACAGGGUCAGCAGGUGGCUCAAACCGCUGAAGGACAGACCAUCGUUUACCAGCCUGUUAAUGUGGACGGGACCAUCCUACAGCAGGGAAUGAUCACCAUUCCAGCUGCAUCUUUAGCAGGAGCUCAGUUAGUCUCAGCUGGAUCCAACAGAAACACCACCAACACCGGUCAGGGCACAGUGACCGUCACUCUUCCCAUGGCAGGAAACAUGGUCAAUGCUGGAGGAAUGGUCAUGAUGGUCCCAGGGGGUGGCGGGUCAGUUCCCACCAUGCAGCGCAUUCCUCUUCCUGGAGCAGAGAUGCUGGAGGAGGAACCUCUGUACGUCAACGCUAAACAGUAUCACAGGAUCCUCAAGCGGAGACAAGCCCGUGCCAAACUAGAAGCUGAAGGCAAAAUACCAAAAGAGAGAAGAAACUUCCUGCGGAAGGUGGAGCAGAUGUUCAUGUGUGUUUGUUGUCAGGAGCUGUCCUUUCAGCCCGUCACCACCGAGUGUUCACACAACGUCUGCAAG